AUGUACUCCAAGAGCACCUCGCUCGCAAAGGGCCCCAAGCACACCCACUCGCCCGCCCAGGACCGCUUCACCUGGAUCCUCCUUGCCCUCGUCGGCCACCCGGUCAUCGCCACCGUCAAGGGCGGCACCCGCAUCAAGGGCAUCCUCGCGGCCGCCACCCCGGACGGCAACGACCUCUCGCUCGCGCUCCGCCACGCCUCGUACCUCGACGACGCGCCCUCGUCGACCCCGAACCCGAACCCGCCCAAACCCUCGAUCCUCAUCACCGCGCGCGACCUCGUCGCCCUCGAGGCCGCAGACGCCCAGCUCGACUGGCUCGGCCCCACCCCCGCCGCCGCCGCCGCCGCCGCGUCGUCCUCGUCGUCCGCCUCGUCGUCGACCAACGGCGCCCAGCCCGGCGCCGGCGCCGGCGGCCCCUCGUCCUCAGCGUCGUCCUCGUCGCGCCCGACGAGCGCCACCACCGCCGCCCUCAAGCGCGACUCGUUCCGCACCGACACCGACAUCUCGGGCUCGCAGCGCCUCGGCAAGGAGCGCCAGCUCCAGGCGUGGGGGGGCGCCCACGACGGCGGCGACGGCGCCGGCGCAGGCGCAGCCGACGACUCGGGCUGGGGCGCCACGACGGGCGCAGACGACUUUGCGCUCGAGGGCGGCCUCCUCGAGGACGACCAGCUGCGCCGCUCGGGGCGCGCGGGCACGGGCGCGGCGGGCAAAGGGUGGGACCAGUUCGCGGCCAACGAGCGCCGGUUCGGCCUCAAGACGGACUACGACGACGAGAUCUACACGACCAGGCUCGACCGGUCCGGGUCCGACUUUAAGCAGCGCGAGCUGCGCGCCGCACAGCUCGAGCGCGAGAUCCUCAAGGGCGGCUCCUCGGGCUCGGGCGCGGGAGGUCUGGCCGGCAACGCGCACGUCGCCGAGGAGCGAGGCGAGGUCGUCGACGUCGACGGUGGGGACGAGGAGGCGCGGUACGGCGCCGUGCAGCGCGCAGACGGCGCGUAUGUCCCGCCCGGCGCCCGCAAGGCCGCCCUCGCGCGGCUUCAGAACGGCUCGAGCGCGUCGGCCGCCUCGUCCUCGUCGUCGUCGGCGGCGGCGGCGGCGUCCCGCGUCCCGCCGCCCGCCUCGGCCGCGUCGCGGAUCCCGCCCUUGUCGUCGUCCGCCUCGGCCGCGUCGUCGUCCGCGGCCAACGCCGGCGCCGGCGCCGGUGCGUCGUCCGCCCUGCCCUCGAUCAACGCGCCGCCGCACACGAGCGCCACCGAGGGCAACAAGGGCCUCCAGCACGAGCUGCAGAACUUUGUCACGAGCGAGCGCGUGCGGGUCGAGCAGAAGAAGGAGCAGAUGAAGCUCGCCCAGCAGCAGCAGCAGCAGCAGGCGCUCCAGGCGCGCAAGGAGCAGGACUCGAAGUUGGCGAGCUUGCUCCAGUGGAGCCAGACGUUCAAGAACCCGUACCCGCUCCCGGACGACCUCGCCGUCGUCAUGGGCAAGAGGCCUGCUGCCGGCGGCGACCACAAGGCCCUGUCGACCCAGAGCAACGCCUCGCCUGCCGUCUCGCCCGCCCACACGAACCGCACGCUCCCCGCCGCCGGCGGCCACGGCCACUCGCCGUCGCCCUCGUCGACCCCGGCCCCGGCACCGGCACACCCGCCCAAGUCGUCGGUCCUCCAGGCCAAGGCCAAGCCGUUCAUCGCCGAGAUCCCGCCGUUCAACCCGCAGCGCGCCGCCGCCAAGGGCGGCGCCAAGUCGCCCGACGCCCCCGCCGCCGCUGCUGCUGCCCCUUCUCCUGCGCCGGCCGCAUCCCCCUCGACCUCGGGCGCCGCGCUCCAGGCCAAGGCGCCGACGACCAAGCUGAGCGCGGCGAGCGCCGCGUUCGUGUUCAAGCCCAACCCGGGCGCGGCCACGUUCACGCCUGGCGGCGGCGCCGGCCCGUCCUCGUCGUCCACGUCGGCGGCGCCCGUCGUUGCCCGCAAGGCAGCCGCCUCGCCGGCCCCGCCGCCGCCGCUCGUCUCGAUCGAGCCGCCGCCGGCCCCGACGAGGUCGGCGCCCGUCGUCGCGGCCAACCCGUUCUUCGGCACCAAGCAGAUCAAGAAGGGCUCGUCGUCGAUGCACGUCAAGGAGGACUUUACGCCGUUCAAGCACCACGGCUCGCUCGCCGACCCGGGCGCCGUCCUCCCCAACUGGGCCGGCUUCACGGGCAAGCCGUACCGCGCCAUCUUCCCGCCCCAGCUCGUCGGCGGCGGAGCAGCCGGACCUGGGCCCGUGCCCGGACUCGGGCUCGGACUCGUGCCGGGCAUGCAGCCGCCGCCGCAGCCGCACAUGGCGCAGCCGCAGCACCUCGGCGGCCCGCCUGGCCCACCGCCGCACAUGUUUGGCGGCGGCGGCGGCGGCCCCCUCGCCGCGGGGAUGCGGCUGCACGAUGUGCGGCUGCGCGCCGCCCAGCAGCAGCACCACCACCACCAGCAGCAGCAGCACCCUCAGCACCCGCAGCACCCGCAGCACCACCUCCACCUCCAGCAGCAGCAGCAGCAGCAGCAGCACAUGGGCGGCGCGCCGAGCGGCAUGAUGGACCCGAACGGCGCGGCGGCCAUCGCGGCGGCGCAGGCGGCGCACCAACAGGCGCAGCAACUGCAGCAGGCGCACCAACAGGCCAUGAUGCAGCACGCUGGCGCUGCAGGAGGAGGAGGAGGAGGACAAGGACAAGGAGGGCCGUUCAACCCGCAGGCGGCGGCGGCGGCGGCCAUGGCGGCGGCGGGCUUUCGUCCGCCGCCGGGCGGGUUCAUGCUGCAGCAGCAGGGAGGAGGAGGACAGGGGCCGGGACCGGGGCAGGGCCACAUGAGCCACGGCGGGCCGCCGUCGCGUGGUCCGGGGCCGGGGCCUGGACAAGGGCAGGGGCAGGGGCAGGGGGCCAUGGCGCCGCCGUCCUUUGGAGGGUUCGGCGGGCCGGGAGGACCGAUGCCGCCGUUUGCGCCGCCGCCGCCGCCGGGGAGCGGUGCGCCGAUGUUCACGUCGCCCAACAUGCAGGCGUCGUCGCCGCACCCUGCGCACGCGGGCAUGCCCAACGGCGGCGGAGCAGGAGGACCGCAGCCGGGCGGCCAGGGUCAGCAGGGGCAGGGCCGCCCGCCGUACAUGCCGUGGACGCCGCCGUUUGUGCCCGUCGCCGGGCCGGGCGCGCCGAGUGGGCCGGGAGGAGGAUCGGGAGGACCGCAGAACGGUAUGGGCCCGCAGGGUGCGCCGUCCGCGCCGCCGCAGCCGCAGCAGCAGGCGCAGCAGUAG